GCCGAGCCUCCCACCUCACCUGCGGCCCCGGGGGGCGGGCAUUGUUCGCCGCCGCAUCCGCGGGGCCAUGGGAGCCACCGGGCUCCCCAGCCCGGGCCCGGUGAGAACUCCGCGCCGCCGCUGAGCCGGACUCCCGGCUCGCAGCUCGGCGGCGCAGGUGAGCCGGCCGCGCCAUGGUGGACUCGGUGGGCUUCGCCGAGGCGUGGAGGGCGCAGUUCCCGGACUCGGAGCCGCCGCGCAUGGAGCUGCGCUCGGUGGGUGACAUCGAGCAGGAGCUGGAGCGCUGCAAGGCCUCCAUUAGGCGCUUGGAGCAGGAGGUGAACCAGGAGCGCUUCCGCAUGAUCUACCUGCAGACGCUGCUGGCCAAGGAGAAGAAGAGCUACGAUCGGCAGCGCUGGGGCUUCCGCCGCGCAGCGCAGCCCCCGGACGGCGCCGCCGAGCCCCGAGCGUCCGCCCCGCGCCCGCCGCCCGCGCCCGCCGACGGCGCAGACCCGGCGCCCGUCGAGGAGUCCGAGGCGCGGCCGGACGGAGAGGGGUCACCGAGUAAGGGGCGGUCAGCGUCCGCCCGCAGGCCAGCGGCUGCUGCAUCGGCGGACCGGGACGACCGAGGGCCCCCCACCAGCGUGGCGGCGCUCAGAUCCAACUUCGAGAAGAUCCGCAAGGGACCUGUCCAGCCCGGCUCUGCCGACGCCGAGAAGCCCUUCUACGUGAACGUCGAGUUCCACCACGAGCGCGGCCUGGUGAAGGUCAACGACAAAGAGGUGUCCGACCGAAUCAGUUCCCUGGGCAGCCAGGCCAUGCAAAUGGAGCGCAAGAAGUCCCAGCAGAGCGCCGGGCAGGGCCUGGGGGAAGCACCCAGACCCCAUUACCGUGGGCGCUCCUCGGAGAGCAGCUGCGGCCUUGACGGUGACUAUGAGGAUGCAGAGUUGAAUCCCCGUUUCCUGAAGGACAACCUAAUAAAUGCCAACGGCGGCAACAGGCCCCCUUGGCCGCCCUUGGAGUACCAACCCUACCAGAGCAUCUAUGUCGGAGGCAUGAUGGUGGAAGGGGAGGGCAAGAGCCCUCUCCUGCGAAGCCAGAGCACUUCAGAGCAGGAGAAACGCCUAACCUGGCCUCGCAGGUCCUACUCGCCUCGGAGUUUCGAGGACAGCGGAGGUGGCUACACGCCGGACUGCAGCUCCAACGAGAACCUCACCUCCAGCGAGGAGGACUUUUCCUCUGGCCAGUCCAGCCGCGUGUCACCAAGCCCCACCACCUACCGCAUGUUCCGGGACAAGAGCCGCUCACCCUCGCAGAAUUCUCAGCAGUCCUUUGACAGCAGCAGCCCCCCGACGCCACAGUGCCAGAAGCGGCACCGGCAGUGCCAGGUUGUGGUGUCUGAGGCUACCAUCGUGGGUGUCCGCAAGACCGGACAGAUCUGGCCCAGUGAUGGGGACAGCACCUUUCAGGGGGAAGCAGAUUCCUCGUUUGGAACACCACCUGGAUAUGGCUGUGCCGCAGACCAGGCUGAGGAACAGCGCCGGCACCAGGACGGGCUGCCCUACAUCGAUGAUUCACCUUCUUCCUCGCCACACCUCAGCAGCAAAGGCAGAGGCAGCCUGGCCUCAGGCGCCCUGGAUCCCACCAAAGUGAGUGAGCUGGAUUUGGAAAAGGGCCUGGAGAUGAGAAAGUGGGUUUUGUCCGGAAUCCUGGCCAGCGAGGAGACGUACCUGAGCCAUCUGGAGGCCCUGCUGCUGCCCAUGAAGCCUCUGAAAGCCGCUGCCACCACCUCUCAGCCUGUGCUGACCAGCCAGCAGAUUGAGACCAUUUUCUUCAAAGUGCCUGAGCUCUACGAGAUCCACAAGGAGUUCUACGAUGGGCUGUUCCCCCGAGUGCAGCAGUGGAGCCACCAGCAGCGUGUAGGGGACCUCUUCCAGAAGCUGGCCAGCCAGCUGGGUGUGUACCGAGCCUUUGUGGAUAACUACGGAGUGGCCAUGGAAACUGCAGAGAAGUGCUGUCAGGCCAACGCUCAGUUUGCAGAAAUCUCUGAGAACCUGCGGGCCAGAAGCAACAAGGACGUCAAGGACUCAACUACCAAGAACUCUUUGGAAACUCUGCUCUACAAGCCUGUGGACCGGGUGACGAGGAGCACACUAGUCCUUCACGACUUGCUAAAACACACCCCGUCCAGCCAUCCUGACCAUUCCCUGCUGCAAGACGCCCUCCGAAUCUCUCAGAACUUCCUAUCCAGCAUCAACGAGGAGAUCACGCCCCGCCGACAGUCCAUGACGGUGAAAAAAGGAGAGCACCGGCAGCUGCUGAAGGACAGCUUUAUGGUGGAGCUGGUGGAGGGGGCCCGCAAGCUGCGUCACAUCUUCCUGUUCACUGACCUGCUCCUCUGCACCAAGCUGAAGAAGCAGAGUGGAGGCAAAACCCAGCAAUAUGACUGUAAAUGGUACAUUCCGCUCACGGACCUCAGCUUCCAGAUGGUGGAUGAAUUGGAGGCGCUACCCAACAUCCCUCUGGUGCCAGAUGAGGAACUGGAUGCCUUGAAGAUCAAAAUCUCCCAAAUCAAAAGCGACAUCCAACGAGAGAAGAGAGCAAACAAGGGCAGCAAGGUCAUGGAGAGGCUGAGGAAGAAGCUGUCAGAGCAGGAGUCACUGCUGCUGUUAAUGUCCCCCAGCAUGGCCUUCCGGGUUCACAGUCGCAACGGCAAGAGUUACACAUUCCUUAUCUCCUCUGACUAUGAGCGAGCCGAGUGGAGAGAAAGCAUCCGCGAGCAGCAGAAGAAAUGUUUCAAAAGUUUCUCUCUGACAUCUGUGGAGCUACAAAUGCUGACCAACUCAUGUGUAAAACUUCAGACGGUUCACCACAUUCCACUGACCAUCAACAAAGAAGAUGACGAGUCUCCUGGACUCUACGGCUUCCUGCAUGUCAUCGUCCACUCAGCCACCGGUUUUAAGCAGAGCUCAAAUCUGUACUGCACCCUGGAGGUGGAUUCCUUUGGAUAUUUUGUGAAUAAAGCAAAGACUCGAGUCUACAGGGACACAACUGAGCCAAACUGGAAUGAGGAGUUUGAGAUAGAGCUAGAAGGCUCCCAGACCCUGCGGAUACUAUGUUAUGAAAAGUGUUACAACAAAAUGAAGAUGACGAAGGAAGAUGGUGAGAGCGCAGACAAGCUCAUGGGGAAAGGCCAGGUCCAGCUGGACCCCCAAACCCUACAGGACAGAGACUGGCAGCGGACUGUCAUCGACAUGAAUGGAAUUGAAGUGAAACUCUCCGUCAAGUUCACGAGCAGGGAGUUCAGCCUGAAGAGAAUGCCCUCCCGCAAACAGACAGGGGUCUUCGGUGUCAAGAUUGCUGUAGUCACAAAGAGAGAAAGGUCCAAGGUACCUUACAUUGUGCGCCAGUGUGUGGAAGAGAUCGAGCGCCGGGGUAUGGAGGAGGUGGGCAUCUACCGAGUGUCUGGAGUGGCCACAGACAUCCAGGCACUGAAGGCAGCCUUUGAUGUCAAUAACAAGGAUGUGUCCGUGAUGAUGAGCGAGAUGGACGUGAACGCCAUUGCCGGCACGCUGAAGCUCUACUUCCGUGAGCUGCCCGAGCCCCUCUUCACGGAUGAGUUCUACCCUAACUUCGCAGAAGGCAUUGCUCUUUCAGACCCUGUCGCAAAGGAGAGCUGCAUGCUGAACCUGCUGCUGUCCCUCCCAGAAGCCAACCUGCUCACCUUCCUCUUCCUUCUGGACCACCUGAAAAGGGUAGCUGAAAAGGAGACGGUGAACAAGAUGUCCCUGCACAACCUCGCCACGGUCUUUGGCCCCACGCUGCUUCGGCCCUCAGAGAAGGAAAGCAAGCUCCCUGCUAACCCCAGCCAGCCCAUCACCAUGACUGACAGCUGGUCCCUAGAGGUCAUGUCCCAGGUCCAAGUGUUGCUGUACUUCCUACAGCUGGAGGCCAUCCCUGCCCCUGACAGCAAGAGACAGAGCAUCCUGUUUUCCACUGAAGUCUAAAAGCCAGGCAUCAGUCAUCUCAUUAAGAGGCCCACAGAAUGACCUGGAAACCUGGGACAAGAGAACCCACCCACGGAGUGGGAAUGAGACCCUUCCUGCGGUGUAAUUUAGCCAUUCCGAAGCUCUGGGCCAUCUGCCAAGAGACAAGUACCCAAAGCGAAAGGCCAAGGGGCCUGCGAGAAUCCAGGUGUGUCUGCAAGUCCCAGGCUGGCCCCCAGACUGUACCUUUCCCUUGUUGCCACCAGAGGGCACCCCAAGCCAGCCCAUCUGCAAGCCUGCGGACAAGGGAAAAGAGGCGGAGAAGAGAGUGGUUUUUACGAAUCUAAUUUAUCAGAGUUUAAAAAAAAAAAAUCUCUACUGGAUCAUUUGUUCUGAUGCACCCUCUCUGGGGAAUAGGGACACCGUCAGAUCCCUUACUGUUGUGUCUUGAAUAAACACUGCUGCUGCUUCCUAUUGUGGGGGCCACAGCCAUGUCCCUCUGUUUAGGUGGGGAUGCCUUCACGUUCCCUGACGUAGAAAUUCCACUGUGUGUGUGACAGGGUCUGAGACGCUGACUCGGCACUGUAACAUCUUCAGCCCUGGCUGCUUGCUCUGUCUUCCCAGAAGGAUGUCUGUGCAGAAGUAGGUCAGGCUCCUGUUCGCUGAUAUUCUUGUUUGGGCUCUCUAUGCACCUCUCAGGAGUGUGCUCCUCCACAGCCCAGAAGUGUCCCGGGACCCAGCACGGGGAAAGGAGACCCUGGUCGUCACGCACCUUACAAUUCCUUCUGCAGGGAGAGUGGCCGAGCCCACUGAUCCUUACAGCCUCCCUUCUGUCUUACAAAGGCUGUGAUAUCUCCAGCCUGGCUCUGACUGCUGUCUCUCUCCCACGUUGCCGCACCUAAGAGACCACUCCCUUCCCUUGCUCCCGACUGAGCAGACUCGGUUACCUUUCUCAGCCGUCUCUGCUCCAAGGCAGCAGCUUCCUCUAGUGGCUUGUUUUAAUACUUUGAUCCGAAAUAGCUUUUGAUACUUGAAUAUUUUUAAGUUUUAUACGUAGUUUCUAAUUUUUUUUUUCCUAAUGGGUUCAGACACCGAAUACGAUACUAGAAUGUCCACCGUGGACGGGCCAUGUCCAGGCAGUGUUAUGUCUUCCUUUGAGAGCCGGCUUCCUUUUUGUUUGGAGUCGUUUCUGAUGCCUCCGGAGCAUCAGAAAUAUGGGAAGAAGGUUAGGAAAGUCGGGCCUGGGGAUAGGAGCAAGAUGGAAAGCUAGCCCACCUGCGGCCCUCCCACCUCAAUCCCUGUUGCUGGGUGUGAGUCGAGGUAGUAGUCUCUUACUGGCCACCCUAGUGAGCAAAGGGGAAGGGAAACCCACUCAUUGUCUUCAGGAAGGAAUUCCGUAAACCCUUGCAUCCCUUCUUAAAGGGUAGAAUCCCACCCUUGGGUGACAGAGGCAGAGUUACCAUGAGCUCGGGACCAGCCUUGGCAGCAUCAUGCUUAUCUGGACAGCCAAGACUACUGUGCAGGGGAGAGAAGAAUAAAGGCUGACGAGAGACUUGAAUCCUGAGCUGCUCCUGCAGGAAGGCAUAAUUUUAGGGGUGUAGACUGCCUGUCCCGUGAGGACUCCUGCACCCGGUCACAUACCCCAACAGCCCCUCCCAUGUCUGGAUGGUGGGUAUGCCCACUGAUGGCAUCCACCAACCCCACAGCACAUGGGGGACCCCUGAGAGGCAGAGCCAUGUGUUCCCCUCCCGUCUGCUCUUGAACCUGCCUAAGGUAUUGGGCAGGAAACAAAAGACCCUACAGGGUCUCUGUCUGCAUACAGUGUUUAGCUGGCUUUUUUUUUUUUUUUUUUUUUUUCCUCAGCAGAGCUACCCAUUGGUCUGCUCUUGAGCAUUUUUGGACCCAGUGGGCUCCUCUAGUUUGGCUGCUCAUCCCAGUCCAUGUCAUUGGCUCUGACCCUGUAAGGGGAGCACUGCUGAGGAAAGCUAAGUAACCCCCCAGCCCCCCACUGUUGUUUCUGCACCCCCCCCCUCCCCCCCCCCCAACCCCUUGUUUCUUGCUUUGUGUCUGUCACCUUGAACUGGAAAGCAAUAUAUCAAUGUGCCAAUGUGCAUUCCCUGGCCCACCCCCUGCCUCGGUUCACUUUAUUUAUUUAGGUUAUGUGUUAUUUGAUGAUGGAAUGAGCAUCCCUGUGUCAGUCUAAAAAAUGCCCCUCCGCCAUCGGGCCACGGCAGCGGUGACUGGGGCUGCCCCUCUUACCGCCUCACACCUUGCAGGCCUCUAAGCUGGCAAAGAAAAUACAUGACGUUGUCCAGGAGUGGGGGUGACUCAGCUUUACCCUCUGCAAAGAGAAUGACGACCCCAGUCCAUUGUGACCGCCCACCAGGCGUGGCUGCCAGACUCUAAAGGAAGAAGUGAUACUUUCUUACCUUGGAACCUGGGUCCUUGACACAGUGGGCUUGGCUUUCCUGGUGGCAGCCUGGCCUCUGCAGUGGGUGGAUGGUCUCUUUGCUGCGAUCCUGCUUUUGAACUCAGCUGUCUGUACUACUCUGGGCCGGAAGGACCACGGACACUCUCAUUAAAGUCUCCUGAGACUA